AUGGAUAAAUCAAAUUAAUACAAAGAAGAUGAAGAUCGCAUGUGCAAGGCAAUCUUAGAAAAGUACUCUUACUUUAACGUAAGGAACUUUUACGACUACGAAGAAUGCGAUGAUCCUGAAAUUAAUUGCCUAAACAAAUACUUCCACGACUCCUUCAAAUACUGGGAUCUUGAGAGUAGCGGAAACGAAGCUGAGCUUCCAUACUUCAUUAUAAAAUAAGAUAGACCAAAAGUAAUGCUGACGCCUACUCAGAUAACAUAUCCAAUGAUCGAAUUCUAAGACAAAGAGAUUCUUGAUUUCAACUAUUACAAAAUGAAAAGAGAAGAGUUUCUUGUGUUAGACUCAAGAGAAGGAAUAGAGUUUCAAAAGCCAAGAAAACCUCUUACCAUGAGCUAAAUAGCUUAAAUAAAUGAGUCUGGUAGCUUCAAAGCCUUUAUAUUGCCUAAUCUUUACUAAGAAUGGUAAGUUAGGAAAUCUAUCUACUAUGGAAAGAAAAGAUGCAUUGAGAAAGUAAAAAUUUAGAUUCAUAAUAUAAAGCACUACCUAGGGUUAAUUAAAGAUAGAUUAUGGAUUGAAGGAGAUUUCAAGUCAAUUAUUUCAUCCAAGAAGCUAAGAGAUAUCAGCUGCUUAGACAUUAAGGAAGAUUUCUCUAAUAUAUCUAUUGUUGAUGGAUUAAGAUAGAUUAUUCACGCAUCUAUUUAAGCUGUUGAACUUUUUAUUGGCUUUCCUAUCUUUCAAUAUGACCUAUUUGCAAUUAAGAAAGAAAAAGAAAUAGUCUUUUAAAAAAGAAUCGAAGAAAAAGUUAAAAAGAAUCCUGAAAAAUAUAUUGAACUCAAUUUCAUCAAUCGCCUCUUGAGAGAUCCUACUAUUUUCACCUCUAAGACUAUAAAUUUUAACGAGAUAAAAGAAGUUUUACAAAUUAUUUCCCUCAUCGAAGAUGGGUAAAUGGUGCUUAAGUAAACGGUUUUUAAUUCGUCUGAGCUGCAAGAUAAGAUUUUAGAGAGAAUUACUAAGACUUACAACCAAUUCCUAGUUGAUAAAGAUCUUAAUAGAGAAGAAAUAAACAGCCUUUUGAACUAUGUUAAAGGGGAUUAUUUAAUUUCUAAAUACAUUUAUGAUAAAUCAUUAAGGAAUGACCAUAAGAAAGUUGACGCUCUUCUAAAAGCUCUAAAGAAGCACAAACUAGAUAAGCAAUAUGAGUUAGUAAAGCUUAUAUCGAACGAAACUUUAUCUGGUCUCAGCAUCUUAGAAAAGCAAGCGAUUUAUUCUAAGAAUAGAAUAUUUGAAGAUAAGCUAAAUAAUUGCUGCGCAAAAAAUAUUAGUAGAGAUACCUACUUUUGGAAGUUUAAAUUUUACUUUAAUGAAUGCAACAGAUUAACUAACUACGUAUUUAGCAAAUAUAUUAAAUUCCUAUUCAAAUCUCCUUAUGGGUUCAAGAAUCUAAUUUGUUUCGGCGAUGGAUAUGUCCCAAGAGAGUCCAGCAAUAUUAGUGAGUAAGUUAAGUAAAACUAUAAAAGUUUCGAAGAAAUAGGAGAUGGAGGAUUCUUUUCUAAAAAGGUAGGAAGUAUUGUGUUAUUUUUACAUAACAGGAUAAUUAACCAAUUCUUGUACCAGUUCAUCAUGUUAAACAUCUUUUUAAGAAUAGUUUAUAUCUUCUUCUCUUGCAUUUUGUUUGUAUUCUUCCCAAUAGUUUUAUUGUUUUGGCUCUUGUGCACUCCUUAUGCUCUUCUCAAAAUUGUGUUUACUAUUUUUAUCUAUGACAUGAGUGUUCCUUCAGGAGACUAAUACAGUUACCCAGUUGUGUUACCCAUAUUCUAGCUUUUUAUGAAGGUGAUCUUAAAAGGAUUAGUAUAAAUGCUUAUUUGUGUUUUUUGCAUGAUCAUAUACCUAUUCCUCAUAUUAUUUAAUCUCUUCAUAUGCCUUCUAAUUAUACCUAGAAGAUUACUUGAUUACUUUACUUAUUGCAUCCUCACAUGUAAUGGAAGAGUGCCUAAAAAAGAUUCCUACAGUGCUAAAAAAAUUAGAGAAAAAAAAGUUGUAUUUAGGGGUGAAGAAGAUGCUCUCCUUCAAAAUCAGAGAAAUCUAAUGCAACAAGGAUAAGAAAAGAUAAAAGUAGGAUACUAACUUUCUUUCGAUCAAGUAAAAUACAUAAUAGAAAGUAAAAUUGAAAAGAUUCUAACAAAGUAUUACAUGAACUACCAAAAAAGCAAAGUAGGUUAGCUUUAUUCAGAUAAUAAUAAGAUGCUUGAAGAAAUUAUUAAAAAUUCUCCAUUUUAAAUGGAAGAUAACAAAAUAACUAAUUAAAUGUCAACACUUAAAUAAGCCAUUGAUGCUAAUUUUGAAUACACAUUUAAAGAAAAAAUGAAAAAAAAGGAAAUUUCAACUCCUAAAUUUGAAAGACUAACUUUUAAUUUUGUCUAUACUUUUACAGAAUCUCUAAACCUAUAUUUAUAAAUUCAAUACUAUCUCUAUGAAAAAUUCCCUCCUAACUCUACCUAUACAUGGAUUCUCUGGUAAAAAUAUGGUUUAUAACAAUACGACUAUCAAGGACUAGCAGAGAAGCUGCUUUCUAAAAUUUUCGGAGUCAGUUAAUACGAAUCAGUCUUUAAUGAUAUAGUUAUGAAAGAUAAAAAUGUGAGCAAAUAUGAUUAGAAUUUAAUGAACUAGAUCAAUUAAUACUUCAAAGAAAAGUACAACUUUACUUAUUUCUUCUACGGUUCUGAAGUCUUUUCAUUUUCAAAAUGCCUCUAAAAAAUCUUUAAGAAACAAGCUUCAAAUAGUGGCUUAUUAACCUUUGAGCCAUAAGAUUGGUUGCUAGUUAAUAUCUCUAAAUUAAAAGACUGA